UGCUACACUCCGUCACAAGUUCAUCCAACCACCAUUACUCCUAUGGCGGACGACAUACCGUCCAUCGCAUCUGCCGUGGUUCUCCCGGAACCUGCAGACCUUCCGCCGACCCCAGCCUCACCUCCGAAUGGACUCAAACGCCGACAAUCUUCCUUCUCAGAGCAGGAUGGCAAGCGACGUCGACUAAGCACCGAGGACGAUCCCCCAGCUCGGAGAGAAUCUAUACCGGACAGAGCGGCAGAGACGCGCAGGAGCGGACAGGGCAAUGUUGCCGCGGUGGAGAGGAAACGGGGCCAGAGGCUACUCGGCGCGAUGUUAGGCGCUCUCUCACAGAACUCCUCGUCAACCUCGCAGAGACGUCGGGCGGACAUUGAGAAGAAGCAGGCGGCUAAGCUCAAGCUCCAGGAGCAAGAGUUCGACCAGAGGAAACAAGAACGACUCGACAGGCUCGUGGCUAUGAGGAAAAAGGAGCAAAAGAGAUUCGACGAAGAGUCGAUGCGGAUACGGCACUCGAAUCUCCUAAACAUGGCCCAAUUCCUCUACACUAGGACAGAACCACGCUUGUACUACAAACCAUGGGAGAUCACCCCUGCCGAAGAGGACCAGAUCAAUACACAAGUUGACGAAGCGCAAGCAAUCGUAGACCAGGAGCUGGACGACUUCAGGAGACGACGCGAAGAAAAAGAGGGGGUGGGCCCAUUCGAUCGAGUGGACGCAGAGACCGUAAGACCGGUGGGUUCAGUUCCCUCCGGGGACGUACAAGAGAACCUCUCUACAAGCGGAACUACUGAUCACAGUGCUGCUAUCCGGGUCAUUGAUGACUCUGAACACGAUAAUGGGGAGAAGGCGAAAGAGGAAGAGGCGGUGACAAGGGACGGGGCGGCCAACGACCAGGAAACCAACUCGAAACCAGGGACCGCAAAAGAUACCAGCAAGGAAACGAUAGAUGACGCCGGAGAUGUCGUUCUCGAAGCUACAGAAGACACCGUCAUCUAUUGAACAUAGUGACGGCUUGGGUUCUAGGGAUUGAAUCUCUUCACUCACGGUCGAUCCAGGACCAAGGUUGUCUUUCCCCCCUCCCUCCCCCAGCACACCUUCCCUUCCCUCUCCUAGCAUACCUUUUGAUGGGACCUGCCGGAAUGCUUUCUUGUAUGAUAUAAGCCUAUGGAGUGCAGCUACUGCGCUAUUG